ACACCAGCUUCAGAGUCAGUUCAGACCUGUGUCUGCAACAGAGCUGCAAUCUUGAGCAACUCCUUCAGUCUGACAUGGCAGAAAAACCAUGUCCCUCCACACAAAUAUCUGAUGAAGAAGAUACACAAAAAGAAGAUAAUAUACGUUGCUUAAAUAUGCUUGGCCAUUUUGGUUUCGAUUGUUUGGCUCAUCAGCUGGUGGACAGAUCUGUUCAACAAGGAUUCGUUUUUAAUAUUCUUUGUGUGGGGGAAACUGGAAUUGGAAAAUCAACCUUGAUUGACACACUGUUCAAUACUAAUUUGAAAGACAAAAAAUCUUCACAUUUUUACUCAAGUGUUGGACUUAAAAUUCAGACAUAUGAACUCCAGGAAAACAAUGUUCAGUUGAAAUUAACUGUUGUGAAAACAGUGGGCUAUGGUGAUCAAAUAAACAAGGAAGCCAGCUACCAGCCAAUUGUUGACUACCUAGAUGCUCAGUUUGAGUCCUAUCUUCAAGAAGAAUUGAAAAUUAAACGUUCCUUAGGUGACUACCAUGAUUCCCGCGUCCAUGUGUGCCUUUACUUCAUUUCACCUACAGGACAUUCUCUGAAGUCUCUUGAUAUAUUAACCAUGAAGAACAUUGACAGCAAGGUGAACAUUAUACCAGUGAUUGCCAAAGCAGAUGCAAUUUCUAAAAGUGAUUUACAGACAUUUAAGUGUAAGAUAAUGAAUGAAUUGAUUAGUAAUGGCAUCCAGAUAUAUCAGUUCCAAACAGAUGAUGAAACUAGCACUCACAUGAACUCCUCGAUGAAUAGCCUCUUACCUUUUGCUGUAGUAGGAAGUACGGAUGAAGUGAAAGUUGGAAAAAGGACAGUCAGAGGACGUCAGUACCCCUGGGGAAUUUUACAAGUGGAAAAUGAAAACCACUGUGACUUUGUUAAGCUCCGGGAUAUCCUUCUUUGUACAAAUAUGGAAGACUUGAAAGAACAGACUCACGCUUGGCACUAUGAACGUUACAGGCGCAACAGACUUCACAUAAUGGGAUUUACUGAUAUGGGUCCAAAUAACCAGCCAGUUAGUUUUCAAGAGAUCUAUGAAGCCAAAAGGCAGGAGCUCUUGGAGCAAUGUCAGAGGGAAGAAGAAGAGCUGAAACAGAAGUUUAUGCAGCGAGUAAAGGAGAAAGAAACAGCAUUUAAAGAAGCUGAAAAAGAGCUACAGGACAAGUUUGAACAUCUUAAGAAGAUGCAACAAGAGGAGACAACGAGACUUGAAGAGGAGAGGAGACAAUUGGAAGAAGAAAUCCUAGCAUUUUAUAAAAUGAAGGCCUCCUCUGGAACCUUGCAGAGUCAGGUGUGUACCAGUAUAAAGAAGGACAAAGAGCGUAAGAAAUAAUCCUUUACCAUUCUGUGUGUGGUAGAGCCCUUUCACUCUCUCGCUCAUCCUUCUGUGAGAUUUUCCUCAUAGCACUUAAUUCUGAUUGAAAUUAUGCUGUUUUAAAAUUUGUUUACUUGCUGUGUAUUUCCUCUCCCUAGAAGGUGAGCUCCUUGAGAACACAUACCUUGAUCAUCUUGUUAGAUGCUCUAUCAUCAGGGUUUAGAACUAGAGUAGCCCAGAAUUCGUGCUCAAUAAAUAUUUGCUAAAAUGAAAGAAGAUCAAAGAUGUAUGUAGCACAGUGUAAAAGUGUUGAUUUGUGGAAAUUCUCUUACCAUAGCCCUACCUGUGACUCUGGUGACCAAGUAUAUGUAUUAUUUCAUAUCUAAUAGAAGUAGGGGAUUUGUUGGCAUGCAGUAUUACAAAAAGCGAAUCCUUAUGCUCAUAUUCCUUAUAAAAUUCUACUGAUAAGAAUUUCUUGAUAGUUUUUAUUAAAUAAAAUGCUGUUU